AUGGUGGAGGCUGCUGGAGACUUUGCAGUAGAGAAGAUCACAGAGCUUGCAAAUAAAAUAUACGACACAGGAAAUAUACCUGAGAGAAUGGUGGAAUCUGAAUUCAUUGUAAUACCGGAAAAAGAAGGAGCAGUAGAAUGUGGUAAACAUCGGACAGCCGUCAUGGAUGAAAUGGCAGAUUUGGAAGGUAUGAAGAUGGGAGGAAUGAACAUAAAUAAUAUAAGAUAUGUUGAUGAUACUGUAUUGAUUGCAGACACAGAGGAGAAGUUACAAAAAUUGGUGGAUCAAUUUGAUGUGGGAUGUAGGCGAGUUGGACUGAAGAUAAACAUCGGUAAAACAGAAGUUGAAUGGAGUGACCAAGAGAAAGGAACAACUGAGGGUGAAUGUGAAUGGUCAUCUCAGUGA